AUGCCGCCGAAAAAGCGACGAAACAACAAUCAGCGCUCAACAACAUCUGUCCCUUUAACCGCGGCUUCGGAGGAAGAUGAUGAGAUAAACGAAGAGGAUUAUUUCACAGAUGACGACGAGGAAGAUCAAAAUCAGCAGCGAAAACUUCGAAGUUCAGCAGCAGCCUCUUCUUCGCCUCAAAAAAGGCAUACACCUAGGAAAUUCGAAGCUCCUGAAAACAUCCGAUUAGUCUGGGAGCACACCGAUCUAGAAUAUGAUGAAAAUGAAGAUCUCUUGAAUAUCCAAAUCCCUCCAAAACCCAUCGACAGCGGCAGCAGUGGAAAAACGGAGUAUCGUUUGAUGAUUCAUCAGAUAGUUGUGGAGAAUUUCAAAAGUUAUCGGGGAACUCAAACACUUGGACCGUUUCAUAAGAAUUUGACGAUGAUUAUGGGACCGAAUGGAAGUGGAAAAUCGAAUGUGAUUGAUUCGCUUCUCUUUGUUUUUGGAUUUCGAAGCAAUAAGAUUCGAUCGAAGAAGUUGAGCUCAUUAAUUCAUACGGCGGCUGCAUUAGGAGGCGAGAGAUGCAAAUUUUGUCGAGUCGAGAUUCAGAUGUAUUUUGUCAGAGAUUUAGUGAGUUCAGAGGUUUUUUGUUAGGGAGAAAAAACUUUGAAAACUCAAAAUUCCCCCCUUUUCAGGACGAUGAUCGCUACGAGAUCAAGCCAAAUUCAAAUUUCGCAAUUUCGCGCCAGGUUUUCCUCGAUAAUUCUUCAAAAUACCUGAUAAAUGGAAAAACGGCGAGUCAUAAAGAUGUGGAGGAAUAUUUGAAGAAUAUUGGAAUCGAUCUGAUUCAUAAUCGAUUUUUGAUCUUGCAGGUUGGAUUUUUUGGGGAGGGAAAUUGGGAAAAUCUUGAUUCUUUAUGAAAAAUUCAUGGAAAAUUAGUAUUUUGACCUUAAAUUCAUGAAAAAAAUCAAUUUUCCACGUGGAUUUUUAGGCUCAUAAAAAUAAAGCCUAAAUUUGUUCACCCUAAAAAUGAGACCUAAAUUUUUAAGCCUAAGAAAGAGGCCCUAAAUUUCCACGUGGAUUUCUAGGCUGAUGAAAAUCAGACCUGAAUUUGUCCAGCCUAGAAAAUUAGGCCUAAAUUUCUGAGCCUGAAAAUGAGGCCUUAUUUUCCACGUGAAUUUUCAAGGCCCAUAAAACAAGUCUAAAUUUGCCCACCCUAAAAACGAGGCCUAAAUUUCUCGCCCUAAAAAAUGAGGCCCUGAAUUUCUCGGCCUAAAAAUGAGGCCCUGAUUUUCCACGUGGAUUUCUAGGAUCAUCAAAAUCAGGACUAAAAAAUAGGCCUAAAUUUGUCCAGCCUAAAAACUAGGCCCUAAUUUUCCACGUGGAUUUUUCUUUAAAAAAUCAGGUGUACAUUUUUAAGCGUCAUAAAUAAGGUCUAAAUUUUCCACGUAGCAUUUUUUAAUUUCCUAAAUGGAAAAUUACGAUUUUUGAUACAAAAGAAUUUUCACCCAAAAUUGAUGAAAAAUCAAAUUUUCCACCAAAAAACGCCCCAAUUUUCUCUCAGGGUGAAGUCGAAGCGAUUGCAAUGAUGAAACCCCGUGCAACUCAAAACGGUGAAGAAGGAAUGUUGGAAUAUAUCGAAGAUAUCGUUGGAUCCAAUCGAUUUGUCCCAUUUAUCAGAAAAUUAGAACAUCGUGUUCGACAAAUCGAAAUUCAAACAAAUCAACAAGGAUUAUAUGUGAGAGAAGCGGAAAAAUUGAAAAAAGAGCUCGAACCGCAAGUGAAAAAUGCGCAAAGAUUUAUGAAUUCACAAAAUGAGGUGGCAUUUUUGAAGUCGAAAUUGAUACAAAUUGAAAAAUAUCGAUUGACACAGGAAAAGAUACCGAUUGAAGUUGAGAUCAAAGAAAAAGAGGCGGAAAUUCAUGAGAUGGAGAAGAAAAAGAGGAAUUUGAUUCUGGAGAUUCGGGAAGUUGAGGCCACUGAUGCCGAUAAUAAUCUGUGAGAUCUAGGGGAACAUUUUGGGGUAAAAUUUGAGAUUUUUGAAGCAUUUCGAGCUAAAAUUCGGAUUUUUCAUGAUUUUUUAGCGCUAAAAUUUUCUAAACUUGAAUUUUCCUUUUACAGUGACCAAGAAAAAGUGCAAGACGAAAUCGAAACCUACAACACUGAAAUUCGUGAAGUCGAAACCGCUGAAUCGAAAAGAAAAUCGAAUCUGAAAAAGUGCAAUAAUGAGUUGGUUCGAAUGACAAAAGAAUUGGACACGGAGACGAAAAAAGUGGGUUUUGGCUGGAAUUUUGGAUAUUUUUGAGCAGAAAUUUAUGGGAAAUCGUGAUUUUUAACCCUAAAUUUGUGGGAAUUCGUGAUUUUUGAGCUAAAAUUAGUGAUUUUUUAUCUGAAAUCUCAAUUUCCACUUGGAUUUUCAAGGCUCAUCAAAAAUCAGGUCUGAAAACCAGACCUAAAUUUUUCACUUGUAUUUUUCGAGACCCAUGAAAAUCAGGCCUAAAUUUGUCCAGCCUAAAAAUCAGGCCUGAAUUUCUUAGCUCAAAAAAAGAGGCCUAAAUUUUCCACGUGGAUUCAGGCAUAUCAAAAACAUGCCUAAAUUUGCCCAGCCUAAAAAAUGAGGCCUUAAUUUUCCACAUGAAUUCAGGCCUAAAUUUUUUACGUGGAUUUCUAGGAUUAUCAAAAACAUUCCUAAAAAUGAGGCCUGAAAACCAGACAUAAGAUUUCCACGUGGAUUUUCAAGGCUAAUUAAAUUAAAAUUCAUGAAAAAAAUCCAAUUUUUCUGCAGAAAAUCGAACUUGAAGCGAUGCCAGAAAUCGCAAAACGUCGAAUCGAAAUGCUCGAAUCAGAAUCGCGUGAUCUACUUGAACAAGAAGCCAAAGACACAAAAACGGCCAAUGAGAAUCUGGUGAAAUUCGAGAAAAAAGUGGUGGAUGAGCGAGCGAAAAAAGAGGCGGCCGAAGAAGAAUAUUCGAGCAAAAAUGCGAUUUUUAACGAGCUCAAAACGAAGACGACGGUUUUUGAGAGUGAUAUUUUGGAUAUACGAAAAUGUGCGCAAAGAGAUCAGGAAUUGUUGGAAGAGUUAAAAAUCCAGUUGGAAGGAUUACACAAGAAGUUGGAGGAUGAUAAAAAGUGA